CUGCUCUGUUUUGGUUUUUGUCCAAUUCCAAAGUUCGUUUCGUUCGCAUUUGUUUACAUCAUUGCACUGCGUCCGAUUUUCGGUAUUCCACACCCAAAAACCAUGUCCCUGAUCGCCCAGGCGAGUCGCACAGUGCCGCAGCUCCUGUUGCACUUGAACCGCCAUCUUGGCACCACCUCCUGUUCAAGCGCCGCAUCCGCCACGUCGUCGGAGCCGCCGGAUGUCAGCCAGUUGAUCAAUGCCGCCCAGCUCCUCGGACCGGAAUCGCAGCGCAGAUGUAUGGAGAAGAUGCGCAGCUUGCCGGCAUUCCCGCGACCCAAGGCGCUGACGCCCAGUCGCCGGGAGAAGGAGACGUCCGCGGUUCUUAUCGCUCUCUGCCAGGAGCGGAAGACAAAUGAAAUAUCCCUAUUGUACACCCGACGAUCGCGGCACCUGCGCAGCCAUAGCUUUCAGAUCUCCUUUCCGGGCGGAAGGCGCGAUGAUCACGACACCAGCUACGUGGACUGUGCGCUGCGCGAGACAGAGGAGGAGAUCGGCCUGCCGCGCCACCGCAUCCAGGUGUGGGGCGAGGCCAAGCAGCUAGAACUGCCGAGGACCUCGUCCAUUGUGCCAGUGGUGGGCGUGGUGCGCGACUUUAGCCUCUCCGAGCUGCGUCUCAACUGGGAGGAGGUGGAGGAGGCGUUCACUGUGCCGCUCCAUUCGCUGAUGCUACCGAAGGCCACCAGGCACACACAGUUUCGCAGCGGCUACAGCGGCCCCGUAUUUGUAGUGGACCAUUAUCGCAUCUGGGGCAUCACCGGCUACCUCACGCACCUCUUCCUGCACUGCCUGCUGCCCCCCAGUUUGCUGCCCCAUUGCCUCAAGACGAACAUCAAGUUCAUCCGGCCCUUUAAACUGCCACCCAGGCUGCCGCAUCAUCGCGAGCACUCAGCCGCGGAUCCCUCUAUGCGCACCUGACGUGACAUCCGCGAUCAGCUGAUCGUAAUCCUACUCAGGCUAGCACCCAUGUGGUACUGUGAUUGGGCCAAAUGUGCCCAGCAUGCCUUUGCUUCGCUAGAACCAAGCAAUUGGCCAAUUCUGAUGGUGUUCAUUGUUUUUAAUUGUUAAUUGUUAAUUAUCAGCGAGAUUUAUAAUAAAACUGUUGACCAUUA